AGAGAAAGCAAAAACAACUCUGAGAUUUUUUUGUUACUUUACGAUUGAAAAACACUGAACUGUGUGUGGAUUGGGAAGGUUGCUGACUUAAAGAAGUCAAAGUGGAGUAUAAAUAGUCUCUGAAAAGGACACUGACAACUUGAAAGCAAAAUGAAGUUCUUUCUGUUGCUUUCAGCCAUUGGGUUCUGCUGGGCUCAGUAUUCCCCACACACUCAAGAAGGACGGACAUCUAUAGUCCAUCUGUUUGAGUGGCGCUGGGUUGAUAUUGCUCUUGAGUGUGAGCGAUACUUAGCUCCCAAUGGAUUUGGAGGUGUUCAGGUCUCUCCACCCAAUGAAAAUAUUGUAAUUGACAACCCUUUUAGACCUUGGUGGGAAAGAUACCAACCAGUUAGCUAUAAAUUAUGCACAAGAUCUGGAAAUGAAGAUGAAUUCAAAAACAUGGUGACUAGAUGUAACAAUGUUGGUGUCCGUAUUUAUGUGGAUGCUGUAAUUAAUCAUAUGACUGGUAGUGGUGCAAGUGCAGGAACAGGCAGUACUUGUGGAAGUUACUUCGACCCUGGAAAUAGGAAUUUUCCAGAAGUCCCUUAUUCUGCCUGGGACUUUAAUGACGGUAAAUGUCAAACUGCAAGUGGAGAAGUUGAGAACUAUAAUGAUGCUUAUCAGGUCAGAGAUUGUCGUCUGGUUGGUCUUCUUGAUCUUGCACUGGAGAAAGAUUACGUGCGUUCCAUGAUUGCUGACUAUCUGAACCAUCUCAUUGAUAUUGGUGUAGCAGGUUUCAGACUUGAUGCUGCCAAGCACAUGUGGCCUGGAGACAUAAAGGAAGUUUUGGAUAAAAAAGUUAUUGUAAGGGAAUACAUAAAUGUGUAUAUUAUUUUUUUUAAUAGGAACUGGGGAGAAGGUUGGAGUUUCAUGCCUUCUGACCGAGCACUUGUCUUUGUGGAUAACCAUGACAAUCAACGAGGACACGGAGCUGGAGGAGCAUCUAUUCUUACAUUCUGGGACUCUAGACUGUAUAAAAUGGCAGUUGGAUUUAUGCUUGCUCAUCCUUAUGGACUUACACGAGUAAUGUCAAGCUACCGUUGGCCAAGACAGUUUGAAAAUGGAAACGAUGUUAAUGAUUGGGUUGGGCCACCAAAUAAUAAUGGAGUAACUAAAGAAGUUACUAUUAAUGAGGACACUACUUGUGGCAAUGACUGGGUCUGUGAACAUCGAUGGCGUCAAAUAAGCGAUGAGGAUGAGGUGGCGGACGAUAAGGAGGGCGAGGAAGAGGUGGCUGUGGCCAGGGUAGAAAGUAGGGUCCCCACUCCGCAGCUCGGAGAUGGCAACAGGGAGAUCCCCCCGCCGCCGCAACCACAGCCCUGGCGGGGAGAGAGGGUACAGCUGCUGCUGCUACCUCCUCCGGCUAGACCUCCCAGCCCAUUGAUCCGCCCGACCGGAGACGGAAAUGCAAUCAUACCAGAUGACCUAAACCAGUCUGGCAAGGAAAGUCACUGGGCUGUCAGCUAUUGGUCAGUGCCAAAGCCCCAGGGACUGGCACUUGUCGCAGAGGGGGAGUGGCUCUUUGUGUCUUGCUUCUGCAAGCUCAGAGGCUGCACAAAAGAUGCUGGCCAGGGGGAGGGGGUGCCUCUCCAGACUGUCCAACGCCCCAGCAACUUCAGCUUCUGCAGGCAUCUGCCCCUCACAACUGAGGAGGCACUCAGAAUUCACCACUCAAAGAAACGGGCCUGGCUAGUUGACUUUAGGUCCUGCAAGGGCAGAGCUUGUUGUGAGAGCUCCCAGGCUGGGGGAAGGGAGCCAUUCCGCAUCGUACUGCAACCUCCUGUGGGCCCCAAGCUGGAGUUCGCCCACCCUCAGGACGCUGGCUCCAGAGGGAGCCACUCAGGGGCUGGGAGGUACCCGAUCAGGGAGUCGAGUCACCAGGGUGCUCUGCCAUCUCCUUUAUGUCUCCCUUGCCCAAUCUUAUGCCAGUCCAGCAAUAGCUCUUGCUCCUACUGGCCCACCCUGAGCAGUCCCAAUCGCCAGCAGCAGUUUCCAGGUUAA